GAAUUGCCAAGCAUCGCGCAUCGAGCUCUGCAAUCGAAAUUCUAGGAUUUCGAGUUCUGCAGUCAAUUAAUUGACUUCACAGCGGAGACUCCCAAAAUCCACAAUGUUGGCGCCGAGUAGGGGAAAGGUGCUCGAGAGAGCCCUUUCAGGUACCAACGCCCCUGUCACACUCCCAGCUUUCCUCGUACCAGCCUUCCAGACGGCAGCCCCGCGGCGUCAGUUCUCGAAUACAUCAAAUAGGCCCUCGAAGCUCGGCCGAACGCCGAUAUCGAUCCCGCCCGGUGUUGACUUAAUCAUUGGCGAGCCUAGGGUCAAGAAGGAUCCUACUACCUACCUAAAAAUACCAAAGCGGACAGUCACUAUAGCGGGGCCAUUAGGGAAACUCGAUCUCGAAAUUCCUCCUUAUCUUACGAUCGCCCAUGACGAAGCUUCGAGGAGGGCGGUGCUCAGCAUUGAGAAUAACGAGAUCAGGCAGCAGAAGGAGAUGUGGGGAACCACAUGGGCAUACCUCAACCGACACAUCAUCGGCGUAUCAGAAGGGCAUACCGCAAUCUUACGAUUAGUGGGUGUCGGAUAUAGGGCGACCGUCGAGGAGCGGCCAAGGAAGGCAGCUUACCCGGGACAGAAGUUUGUGUGCCUGAAGCUUGGUUUCACGCACCCCGUCGAGGAGCCGGUCCCCGCCGGCAUAAAGGCCAGCACGCCGCAGCCGACGAGAAUUCUGCUUGAAGGCAUUAACCGAGAGGAAGUCAUGUCUUUCGCGGCUAGGAUACGGAAGUGGAGAGUGCCGGAGCCAUACAAGGGAAAGGGUAUCUUUGUCAACGACGAGACGAUCAAGCUAAAACAAAAGAAGAUCAAAUAGAUGAUCUUAGGAAUGGUAUUAGUCUAUUUCAGGCGUGUAUCUAUGUACUAUACGACGGCAG